UCAUCGUCAAAAAUUCAAUAGAAUCGCUAGCCUCAGACCAUGACAUGCAACCAGAAUUAUAAUUCAUCAAGCUGGUUUGUCCCAGACUCAACCCGGCCUGACUUCAACAGCAGCUAUACUCUAGGUUCGUGGGCCGACUUAUCAUGGUGGGGGAACAUACCCUACUCGUCGAAACAGAGUGAGCUCUGGAGGCUUUUACUGGCCUGGUUUAGCGAUACGGACGCAGACAGCGCAUUUUCCCAGGGCCAUACCUUUGAAAUAACAAGCACUCAAGGAUGGGUGUUCGUGUAUGGCACCACCAGGAAUCCGAGCUGGAGGAUUCAUCCAAAUGGAACAAACACAAAUGGAGAUUCAUGCGGCAACACUGAGCUGGGGAUGGCGUGGGAAAUAUCCAGGGACAUCGAUAUAUCAUCAAACCAGAAGUUCAAGAUCUUUGCGAUGAAUUUGACAAAUCCCGAAGAUAUCGCGACCGUAACGAGUCCAGGCUUUUCGUUAUUACCGUCGUCCGCUUCGUCGACUACGAGUAGUAUACCCGCUACUACGAGCAGCAGCAGCAGCACAUCACAAAUGUCGUCUACUCUUACCACAACGCUCAUCACCUCCCUAUUUACGAGCUCGGCGCCGCUAAGGACAACCCCAACUAGUCUCUCAAGAGGUGCAAAAGCUGGAAUAGGGUUUAGUUGUUCUCUCCUUGCCUCUCUCAUUCUUCUCGGAAUCGUCUUCUUUAUGAGAUGGCAAUGGAAGCAGAAAGCACACAAAGGGGCACCAAGCGCGUUCGAGAGAGCUGAUAUAGAUGGAACCGCUGCAGACAAGCAGAUACCCGAAGCUGGUGGCUGGGAGAUACAUGAGAUGGAUGAGCAGCGUAUAGUUCGCGAGAUGGAGUAG